AAGAAAAAUUUAGAUCAAAACAUUACAUAUUUACUAUUGCUUUUUGCCAAAGGAAUAGAAGCAACACCAAAAAUAGGUCAAAACCCCGACUCGAGAUAAUGUUAGCGAUGCGAGGACAGGUGAUAAAGUUGAGCCAUAUAUUAAGAGGUCCAGCCAGAGGGACGCCAGUUUUAAACGAAGCUACUCGCACCUGUCCACUCCAACAGUCGAACUUUAGAAACAUGAGCUCUGGCAGCAAGCCCAAAGUGUUUGUCACUAAUUAUAAUAUUCCGAAAAAAGGGCUUGACCUACUAAAAAGUUGUGAGGUGGUGCAGUGGCAGAGCGAAGAGACUAUUCAGAGAGAGGACCUGAUCAAGAACGUGAAAGGAAUUGAUGCGCUGUUCUGCAUUCUCACAGACAAGAUUGAUGGAACUUUACUUGACGCGUGUGGUCCACAGUUGAAGGCAGUGGGCACCAUGUCAGUUGGCUAUGACCACAUAGACAUGAAGGCCUGUAAGGAGAGGGGGAUCCCUGUGGGGUUCACACCAGAUGUCCUCACAGAUGCCACGGCUGAACUGACUGUUGCACUUCUGCUGGCAACUUCUAGACGGCUUAUGGAAGGUGCUGGUGCAGUGAGAUCAGGUGAGUGGGGCAUGUGGAACCCACAGUGGAUGUGUGGGCAGGGCCUUCACCAUAGUACCGUGGGGAUAUUUGGCCUGGGACGCAUAGGCCUGGCUGUGGCCAAGAGACUCCGCCCCUUUGGAAUCUCACAACUGCUUUACUCAGGCAGGAAGGAGAACCCAGCAGCCAAGGAGGUGGAUGCUGAAUUUGUUUCCUUUGAUACUUUAUUAAGUGAAUCUGACUUUGUUAUUGCUGGUUGUGCUUUGAACAGUGAAACCAAGGAGAUUUUCAAUGAGGAUACUUUUAAGAAAAUGAAACCAACUGCCAUAUUUGUGAAUUCAAGCAGAGGUGGGGUGGUGGACCAAAAAGCCCUGUAUGAAGCCCUGAAAAGCGGUCAGAUUAAGGCCGCAGGAUUGGACGUGACCACCCCAGAACCACUGCCCACUGAUAGUCCACUGCUGGAUUUGAAGAACUGUGUCGUUUUGCCCCAUAUUGGAAGUGCCACAGUAGAGGCUAGGAAUGCCAUGGCGGAGCUGACAGCUAGGAAUAUAAUGGCUGCACUGAAUGGAGAGCAAAUGCCCUGCCAGAUUGAGUAGAGAGACACUGGAAAUGAUUUAACUUUUAAAAAUGAUUUUCAUUUCAGUAUAAUUUAUUUAAUAUUAAUUGAUUUAUUAUUAUUAUUAAUGAUGCUUUAUUUAAAAUUAAAGUUUUACAUUUAUAGUGUAAAAACAAUUAGAUAUCAAAAGAUGUCACAAUUAUACAAAAAUAAAAUGGUUAUACAUAA